AUGGCUUCGUCGUCGUCAAACGUUGUCGGUGUGCACUACCGCGUGGGGAAGAAGAUCGGAGAAGGCUCCUUUGGCGUCAUCUUCGAGGGAACCAAUCUGCUGAACAACCAACAAGUGGCCAUCAAAUUCGAACCCCGUAAAAGCGACGCUCCUCAACUCCGAGAUGAGUAUCGGACAUACAAGAUCCUCGUCGGAUGCCCGGGCAUCCCCAAUGUCUACUAUUUCGGCCAAGAAGGCCUUCACAAUAUCCUGGUUAUCGACCUGCUAGGCCCGUCUCUGGAAGACCUUUUUGACCAUUGCGGUCGUCGAUUCACCAUCAAAACUGUUGUCAUGGUUGCCAAACAGAUGCUGUCUCGAGUCCAGACGAUCCAUGAGAAAAAUUUGAUAUAUCGUGAUAUCAAGCCUGACAACUUCCUGAUUGGCCGCCCCGGCACCAAGUCCUCCAAUGUCAUACACGUCGUCGACUUUGGCAUGGCCAAACAAUACCGUGACCCCAAAACCAAGCAGCACAUCCCUUACAGAGAACGAAAAUCUUUAUCAGGAACCGCCAGAUACAUGAGUAUCAAUACUCAUUUGGGACGCGAACAAUCCAGACGAGAUGACCUCGAGGCUCUUGGCCAUGUUUUCAUGUACUUCCUCCGGGGGGGCCUUCCCUGGCAAGGCCUGAAGGCUGCUACAAAUAAACAAAAGUAUGAGAAAAUUGGCGAAAAGAAGCAGACUACCGCAAUCAAGGAUCUUUGCGAAGGCUUCCCGGAAGAAUUUUCCAAGUAUCUUACAUACGUCCGAAACCUUGGCUUCGAAGAUACCCCAGACUACGAUUACCUCCGCGAGCUCUUCACUCAAGCGCUGAAGAACACGGGCGAGGUCGAGGAUGGCGAGUACGAUUGGAUGAAAAUCACCAAGGAUUCGGGAAAGGGAUGGGACUCGGUCAAGAACCAUGGAGCUGGCUACCUCCACAACCCAAACGUCCGUCCCGGCCCUUCUCAAAUGGAACUGCACAGUGGCCACCGUCCUGGAAAUACCAACUCUCAUCAGCAAGCACAGAAUCUUACCGUCGGCCGUUUAAACGCCGCACAACCCCCUCCUCCGUCACCGAUCAAACCGAUGGGCAACAGGAAAGAUCGGCCAAGCGGCCUCGGUACCACGGGGGCGCAGAGAGUCAGCGGCGUGGGGGGUCUCCGAGGCGAUUUGGGUACACCGGCUGGCUCGACUCAAGCUCAAUUCCAGAACAGCACCCAGAACCUACCGCAGAGGGGACAGCAACAGAGCCCCAUGGUGGCAGCCGGCCAACCUAACCUUCGUCCUGCCGAACCUCAGCCUAGCGGUUUCCAGAAGUUCAUGAAGACCAUCUGCUGUGGUUAG